GAUUAUCAUCACCAACCAAAAUCAAACGGUGUAGAGUCCUACUAAAAUCUAUAACCUAAAUACCCUACUCUUUGAACUAUUGCCUCUUCUCUACCUUCCCUAUAUAUUCUCUUCAUCUUCAUGUUAUUUUUUGUGUUUUACAUCUCUUUCAUUUUAUCAAACCAUGACUUAUAGCUUUUCAAACCCUAUGGGAAACUCUUCCUUUAUUUUCAUCAACAAGUCAAAAAAAUACAUAGAACUUGUUUUUCUAUAACUUCAUCUUUCCUCUCUCUCAAACCUUGUGUAUUAUUUUUUUAAUCUCUUUGUGUUGUUCCUUUUUGGUGAAACAAAAAUGGGUCUUGUUGAAAAGAGUCCAAAGAGUUUUCAUCUUCAUCGACAACAAGUUCAAAAGCAAGAGUUCAAAGGUGUUCCAAAAGGGUUCAUGGCGAUAAAAGUAGGUCAAGGUGAAGAUCAACAAAGGUUUGUUGUUCCUGUUAUGUACUUCAAUCAUCCUCUUUUCAUUCAACUAUUGAAAGAGGCAGAAGAAGAAUAUGGAUUUGAUCAAAAAGGAACUAUCACUAUUCCUUGUCAUGUUGAAGAGUUUAGAAACGUUCGUGGCUUGAUUGAUAGAAGCAAAAAUCUUCAUCAACAUGUUGGUUGUUUUGGCUUAUGAUUUAUGAUCUAUCAUAAACCACAAAAUUUGAAGAGUAAAAACAAGUUUAUCUUCACCCUAAAGUCAUGUAAAUUUCUAGUUUUUUUUUAUUAUAUCUUUUUUAUAUUUUGAGUUCUUUUUUGUUAAUUAUAUUAAGUACUAUAGACCUUAGCUUUUUUUGUGUUGAAGAUCUUAGAAUGUUGGUUUUUCAAUUGUAGUUACUUUUGGUUUUAAUUUGAUAGGAAAUUUAAUGGAAAGUAGUGAGGUUUUUCUA